GUGAUAUGUCACAUCUAUUACCUAGAAUUACGACAUUCUUCAUCCUUCUCUAUUUUGUUAUCGCGUGCCAUCUCCAAGGGAUUUUCAUCAAUCUAAGAAUGUCGUGACCGCCCGACAGAAAUCCAGAUUACACGGCAUUUAGGAUCCGCCAACAGCAUUACGAUGGUAACGCGAGAUAUAGGGGUGCAGACUGAUCCUUCGUCGCCUUCUCCCGGAGAGCCAAGUCACCAUGCUCCGAAUCUGCCGCCAAUGGGCAUCUCCGAGCAGCCGGCGUUAUUGAGGGAUGACGCCAGUGAUCCUGCUUCGGAUUACGAGGAAGACUUACAUUUUUUUCAUCUGUACAGUACAAGUGAUACUACGUCUCUGAAGAGCGAGAUCACUUCAUAUCGAUACGAAAAUGGCAGACGUUACCAUGCCUAUCGAGAAGGAGAAUAUUGGGGGCCCAAUGACGAACAACAAAAUGAACAGCUUGAUAUUGCUCAUCACAUGUUCACAUUACUGCUAGAGAACAAACUCUUCCUUGCUCCAAUUGAUGCACACGUUCAGAGAGUGCUUGACGUGGGAACUGGAACGGGAAUAUGGGCGAUUGACUUUGCCGAUGAAUUCCCCUCUGCCGAAGUGAUUGGAACUGAUCUCUCCCCAAUCCAGCCGGCUCUGAUCCCGCCAAAUUUGCGUUUUGAGAUCGACGAUGCCACUUAUGAUUGGACAUAUCCCCGGAACUUCUUUGACCUCGUCCACGUCCGGUCCCUCUAUGGAGCGAUUGCAGAUUGGCCAGCAUUUUAUACAGAAGUCCUAACACAUCUCAAACCAGGUGGCUGGUUUGACCAGCUGGAAAUGUCUAUUCAGUUCCGAUCGCAUGAAGGGACGAUAACCGACGAUCAUGUGCUUGCUGUAUGGUCAAGAACAUUUAUUGAAGCCGGCGAAAGAUUUGGCAAGACAUUUCGCAUCGCAGAUCUUGCCAAGGAGUACCUUAAGAACGCAGGGUUUGUCAAUGUUGUUGAGACGAAAUACGAGCUUCCUGUCGGCGGCUGGAGUUCAAACAGGCAUAUGAAGAAGCUCGGUAAAUGGAACCUUGUACAUUGCGAGGAAGGCAUUGAAGGAUGGGCAAUGGCUCUUCUUACCAGAGUGAUGGGGUGGACCUAUGAAGAAGUCCAAGUUUUUCUAGCGCAAAUGAGGAAAGGUCUUCGCGACCCAGAUACGCACGCGUAUUUUGAUGUAGUCUGCGUUUACGGCCAGAAGUCCACGCAUGAGGAGCAGCCGGGAUAGUCAACACCUCGAUGCUGUGUAUAUAUCUGUAUCAACGUUAUUCGAUGUCUUACAAUGGGUACUUGUGGUAUCUGUUCGGCCGAUUGUACCCGCGCAACUUUUGAAAU